AUGGCUGUAGCUCAAACACGUGAGACUGGUAGGGGUCGUGUUGGAGUUAGCCCUUCUAUGCACCCCUAUCUGUUCGGUGUGACCCCUCAAGAAUUGUAUGGUAUCACUGAUGAGGUGUACGGUGCUCUGAAUCUUCCAUCCACGACAACGCCUGGUGGUUCUGCUCAACCUACUGAGAGCGGAUCGGAUGAAACUACGGUUGUGGGGAAUUCCAGUGCAGUUAUAGACGUAGAGGAAGGUGAUACGCCUACAACUGAGACGCCCGCCUCGGCCUCAUCUCCGGUGGUUUCUCCUAAAGCUUCGAAUAUCUGGCCUACGGCGAGUGCGUCCUCGUCAUCUAGGCCGGGCUUGACCAAGCCGUCAACCGUCAAAACUCGCAAGGACAGGCCAAGGGCUUCCACCAAAAGAGAGCUUGAAACUCUCGAAGAGCUGACGCUGCGCGAGGAGCUAACGCUCUCUAGACUGAGGAAAAGGAAGCUGGCAUUACAGAUUGCUAUUUACGAAGCAAAGUUGAAGAAACUAGGGGAGCCGAUUCCCGUAUCGUCAAGCCUUGCAGAUGCUGUUUUAGAUGUACUUGCGGCCUGA